AUGGCUAACACACCUGGCAGAACAGAGCAGACUUUUACAAUAGGCUCGAAAAAAGAGCAGCAUCGAUAUGGCGAUGUUUUGUGGUUAAUAUUGCGUGCAUAUUUCAGUGGAAGGGAGGUUUCUGGAGGACAGGAUGCAACGUUUGAAAUGGAUGCCUUGGUUUGUGCAAAGCGCGAAGAGCGUAGUGAGAUCCUGGAAAAGAUUGUACGCUACACAGCGAUUCCAGUGGUGGAAGGCUUUGAGCGCCUUGAGACAAACUACAUGGCCCAUUUGAAAAGCACGAGAAAGGAAGUUAGUGAACUGCUGGCAGAAUUCGAGAAGUACCAGGCGCUGUUCCCUCACUCGAAAGCAAUGGAGGAUGAUUGUUGCAAAAGGAAAGGAGUAGCAUUCACGAAGCAAUUACUCGAUAAAGUCACAUUGCUUGUCACUUGGCUAAACACGGUGGAGGACUUGGCCUCAAAAAUUACUCAG